AUGGGCCUCAGCAAGACCGAGUAUGAAGACGCGGUCAAUCUUGAAAAGCUCUACUUUCUUGCCAACAGCCACGAUCAGUGCGCACUAUGCGGCAGAGGGGUGCUUGACGUCGUUGCGCUGGCUCGCUUUGCGCCUGUCGGCUUUGUCGCUUUGAUGGUAUUUGGUGCAAUAUCUCUUCGGAAGGCGAGGGUUUGUGGAGUUUCUGCUUUUUGCGAUGCUGAGCAGGGCGUGAGCUCUGUGGACCUGCAGCGUUAUGAGUUUCUAUGCAACGGCUGCAGCGCGGGAAAGGCCUCCGCCAAGAAAAUUGGGACGGACCGCUUCACUGCGUUCGAAGUGCAGAAAUUGCUCAACAAGUUUGGCGGCAACAGCACCAGCAGCACGCGGGACAGCGGCAGCAGCCGCGCCCCCCGAAGCUCGUCGUCCCGAGCUCCGGAGAGGAGAAGGCGCCACGGUAGAGGACACUCGAGGAGGAGAGACUCACCUUCCCCCUCCAGUGAAUCCCCGGACUCUAGCGAUGACUCUCCUCCAAGGUCUUCUUGGGCCUCGUCGAGAUCCCGCGGAAAUCGUGGAGACAAAAGCAGCAGCAGGCGCAAAGGCGCCCCUCAGGAGGACUUCGUUGCGACCGGCUGGCCACAGCCCAGUAGCAACGUGUGGACGGGGGCUCCGGACACCAGGGCCCAUCAGGGGGGCCUCCACCAAACCACGCUCCCUGGUAUGGGGGGCCUUGCAGGUAUGGGUCUGGCUGCCGUGCCACACGCGCAGCAGCAACAACCGCAGCAGCAACAGCCGAACACUAUGUGGAGGCAGGGACAAACCCCGCAAGGCCUCCUGACCCCCAACAUGCAGCAAAUGCAAAUGCCCCAGCAAGGAGCCACAGUUGGCUCUUUCAUAGACACCUCCCAGCAACAGUGGAGAGCCUGUGGGGGGCCACAGCCGCAGCAGCAUAUGCAGCAGCUACACUCGUUGCCACAGAUGCAGCAGUCCCUGCAGCAGCCCAGUAAUUCCUUGUUUGGGAUGCAGCCGCAGCAGCCGCAGCAGCAACCGUUCGGAAUGGGAGGUUCCAUGGGCCGUCCUCCGCAGAUGAUGAUGCAGCAGCAGCAGCCACAGCCGAACCUAGUGCUACAGCAGCACCAGCAGCCAAGCCCAUUGAUGCAGAUGCAGCAGGUGCAGCAGGCACAGCAGCAGCGCAACCCCUUCGCCAGCAUGCGUGGUCCCCAGCAACCAGCUGCAAGGCCUUCGAACCCAUUUGCCUCACUGCAGGGGUCUCACUAUGGAGGGAGCCCUUUUCAGCAACAGCCGCAGCUGCAGCAGCCGCUGCAGCAGACAGUGGGCAUACAGCAGGCGUACCGUCCCCCAGGAGUACAGCAGCAGACGUCACCGUUUGGGGCUCCUAUGGGGGCCCCAAGUGGUGGGGUCCCCAUGGGGGGAGGCCCUCUGAGCACUCCGGCGAGAGCUCCCGUUGCUUCGACGAAUCCCUUUGCCUCGAUGAGCCAAGCCAAGUGGGCCUUAGUUUAG